UGCUAUUUUUUUUUAUUUAAUAUAAGAUUAACUCAUGUGUAGGUAGGUACAAUACAUAAUUUAAAAACAUUUUUCUAAAUAUUUAUAUAUAAAUAACCAAUAUUAAAUUAAGUAAUAAAUUCACAUUUAACUUAUAUUUAUUAUAAAUAUUUUUAAAAACUGGAGUACAUAUAAAUAUUUACCUAAUACUUGAUUAAUUUAGAAUAUCAUCCAUACCCACCACACACACUUUUGUAGGCUUGUAGCUAAUCACUAAUUAUGCAAGUUACUAUUUUUAAAAUGUGGAAAAUAUAUAAAUAUUUUUUCAGGUUAAAUUCCAAUAUUGCAGUACUGGCUGAUUUUUCUUUUUUUUUUUACUUAUUCUUACAAUGAUUUGUUUUAUUUGUAAAUCUAAAUUUUCUAACUUGAAAAACCUGGUGGUCCAUUUUAAAAUAUUUCACUUACUUAAGACAAAUAGCACAUAUGAAUGUGUUGAGGAAUCUUGCCAUCAGGCUUUCCAAUGUUUAAACAGUUUUAAAAGGCACAUUUCAACUAAACACAUUUGUCAUAAUAAUCCAAUAGAUAAUGUUGAAAAUUCUAAUGCCAAUAAUUAUAAAAAUGUUAAAGAAAAAUACCUUGAUACACCCACAUUAGAUAGUCAGCCUAAUUGCUCAACAAAAACAUCUGAAUGUUUUGAUAUAGAUUCUGCUAUUAAUUCCUUAUAUAAAUCAGCUAUAACAUUUAUUAUGAGUCUACACAAUAAUAAUAACUUUACGGUCAAAGAUGUUUUAAAAAUACAAAAUGGCAUUAUUGAAAAUUUAACUAAACCGAUGGCAUUUAUGCUUACAGAAUUAAAUAAAACCCAAGUUGAACAUUCAGUCAUAAAGUUAAAACUUAAUAAACUUAGCUCAGUUUUUUCAAAUCCUUUUCAACCUUGUAGUACCGAAUAUCGUCUAGAAAAAUGGCUAGUUCAAAAUCAAUAUGUUACUCAUUUACAACAGUUUACAAUUAACAAUGAAAUUUGUAAUGUUCAGCUCAUGGGAGAAACAAUCUAUGAUGAAAAGGUGACUAAAGGAGCUCUGUUACCCUUAAAUGAACAAUUUAAAAGAUAUUUAGAACAUGGUGAUAAUUUGAAUAGUUUUAUUAAUAAGCUCACCUUACUAAAAAAUGACAAUUCAAGUAUUUCUCAUUUUGUACAAGGGAAUCUUUGGCGACAGAAAACAUCCCAGUAUGUUGGAAAAUUAGUUUUUCCUUUUUUUUUGUAUAUGGAUGAUGUGGAAAUAAACAAUCCUUUAGGGUCUCAUGCAAUGUCCCAAUCAAUAUCUGCAAUUUACUAUAGUUUUCCACUUGCAGAAAACAGUUCUCAACUCUCAAAUAUUUUCCUGGCUGCACUUAUAAAAACCAUUGAUUAUAAAAAAUUUGGAAACGAACCAUGCUUAACACAUUUAAUACAGGAAAUAAAUGUUCUUGAAAAAGAAGGAAUAAUAGUUACAACACCAAGCGGAGAGUUUCAUGUGCAUUUUAUUCUAGGUUUAAUAUUGGGUGACAAUUUAGGAUUGAACACUAUGCUUGAUUUUAGUAAAUCUUUCUCAGCAAACUACUACUGUCGUUUUUGCAAAGCUAGUAAAUCUGAAGCUUUAGAGCUAUUUGUUGAAAAUAAACAAUUACUGCGCACAAUUAACAAUUAUUCAAAUGAUAUAAAUACAAAUGACUUUAAAAGUACUGGGAUUUAUCAAGAGUCUGUUUUAAAUCAAAUUUAUAGUUUUCAUGUUGUAACUAAUUAUUGUGUAGAUGUCAUGCAUGACAUAUUUGAAGGGAUAUGCCAUUACGAUAUCUGUCAUGUAAUUUUUUAUUAUACGCAAACUGUUAAAUUAUUUUCUUUGGAAAAAUUAAAUAAUCGAAAAACCACAUUUCACUAUGGUCCAAUAGAAGUUGGUAAUAUUUCACCCGAAAUUACAUUAUUACAUUUACAAAACAAUCACUUAAAAAUGUCUGCACGAGAAGUAAUGACAUUUAUACAUUUUUUUCCUCUGAUGAUAGGAGACUUAAUUCCUGAAGAUGAUGAGGUAUGGAAUUUUGUAAUUAUUUUGUUAAAAAUAGUUGAGUUAUUAUUGUCUUACAAAUUUACAGAAAGCUCAAUAAUAUAUUUGGAACAGUUAAUUAAAGACCAUAAUUUUUUAUACAGCCAACUUUUUAAUGAUAGACUAAAGCCCAAACAUCAUUUUUUGAUACACUACCCUAAUAUAAUACGUGAAUCAGGACCACCUCGGCAUUUUUGGUGUUUUCGUUUUGAAGGAAAACAUAAGGAGAUAAAAAUGUAUGCACGUUCAAUAACAUCAAGAAAAAAUAUAACACUAACACUUGCAAAAAAAUUUCAAAUUAAAUUUGCCUAUCUACUUAUGCAGCCAAAAAAAGAUGAUUUGGUAUUGAAUUUUAAACACAAAAUUAAAGAAAGUCAAUUUGGCAAAUUAAUAAGUGAUAAAUAUAAAAUAACACCUAACCAGUAUGAAUGUUAUAAUAAAAUUGAAUACAAGGGCACUAAUUACAAAGAAGGAUACUACUUAACCAGGUUUAUUUAUGAAAUGUGUCUAUUUAAAAUUAUAGAAAUAAUAGUGAUUAGUAACAUUAAAAUAAUUAUUUUGACCAAACAAAUACAAUUAAAUGGUUUUCAUUCUCACUUAGAAGCCUACGAAGUAGAUUUCAAUGAGCAUAUCAUUUUAAAUCCAGUUUUUAAUGAAAUAAAUGACUUUAAUGGACCACCAAUAAAUGUAGUUAAUACUUCAAUAGGCAAAAAAAUGUUCAGAACAAAAGAGUAUUUUAUGUAAUAUACAUCUUUAUGAAUAUUAUGUUUAUUAUUAGGUAUAACAUUUCAAUAACUGAUAGCUAAUUUUUGUUUUUGUAUAAUAAUAUAAUUAUAAUUUAACCAAUAACUUUUAAGAUUUAUGAUUAAAAACAUAUUAUAUUGUAAUAAAAUUAAUUAGAAUUAAUUGUAAUUUGAAGAAGAAUGAAUAGUAUCAAAAACAUUUUUGAAAAUUUGAAUGAUUCAAUGUCUGCUUCAAUUAGUAAUGAAGAGUGCUCUUUUACUGAAACUCAGGAUUUUAAUAAAGAUCAAUCUGCAAUUUAUGUGGAUAUUCCAACGGUUGGCGGUUAUGAAUAUCCAUUGGAAAAUAUUGAAAGUUUAAGUGACUUGUUGAGCCAAUGGGGAUUGAGUUGUUUAUACAAAACAUGCUUAACUGAGUUGGUAGACCUUACAAGUUUGUCAAGAAUAAAUCCAUCUGAAAUGUCCAUGUUAGUUAAGGAAUAUCCUUUAGGCGUUCAGAUCAACUUUAGGUACCAUGUUGAAGCAUGGCAAAAAAGUAAUAUUACAGAAAAUGAACCUAAUACAAAUAUAACAUCAUCCCAUGUUAUCCCAUCUUCUUCUUGUUCGUCUUCGUUGGAAAUGAUAAAAUUAGACAAAAACCAAAGUAUUCAGUGUAUAAUACCUUCAAAGAAUCCAAACAUUGAAGUAUCAAAUAUAUUAAACUCCACUCAGGGUGCUUUAAUAAUUGAUUAUUAUAAGAAACAUAACAGUAUAAAUGACAAUAUAAGAACACUUUUAGUCGAAAUAAUAAUUCAAGAGUUAAUCACAAAAAAAAUAUUAAUGUCUGUGUCAUUGGCAGAAGAAAUUGCUGACCAAAUACAGCAACUAUUUCCCUCUGAAUUGAAGGAAAAUUAUUUCAUUAAGGACUGUUCAAGACAACCCAAAGGGAAGUUAUAUUGCAAGUACUAUAAUACAAUGAGAACGUUGAAAUCAAGUGGGUUAAUUUCAAAACAAAAAUCAAUAAAAAAAAUAACUAAAAGUAGGAAUUUUAGUAGUUGGACUAGCAAUACUUUUGGUAAAUAUAUUUUAAA